GUCUGCGGCUGCGACUGGGGCGGCGGUGGGAGCCUCAGCCCCGCUUCCGUGGCCCGACCGCGGGGCCAGGAGGUCCCCCGUGUCGGCGGCCGGUGGCCCGACCUGCCGGUGUUCCGGCUGUGUGCGGCCUCAGCCUCCCCGGCCGCCCCGUGUUGCUCCGAGGCUGGCCGAGCGGUCCCAGCGCUGCCUGUGCGGCUCGGGGCGCCCAGUCCCCGAGCCCGGGACCUCGUGUCCGUGGUCCCCCGCUUCCGGCGCAGUUCUCCUCCUCUUGGGGUGUCCCCGAGCCUGCACAGCCCUUUCCCCGCCUAGCGGGGGGACCCGGGUUCUAGACUUGGCGCCGCUGCCCGCGUGCUGGAGCCUCAGCUGGCCCCAGUCAAGCAGGGCGCUGCCCGGGCGCUCGCGGCCCUCGUCCUCCGGAGCUCUAGUGCGGACUGCUCCGGCUGUGCCCCAGGGCUUGGGGGAGGAAGCCGAGAGGGGGCGAUUCCGGAGGCUCGCUGCAGGGGUCGGCGCUGGAGGGGACGGUUAGGUGGCACCGAGUUGCUUCACGUGCGCGCUGGGUGAAGUGCGACCCGCUGACUGUCGGUCACCGGAUGCCUUUUGCUCCUUGCAUUUCCUUCUCUCUGGAAAUGCCCUCAGGCCCAGCUCAGCAGAGAGCGCGGCGUUCUGGGCCCAGAGGUAAAAGAGUGGUGGGGAUGACCUGAGGAGCCGCGGCCGUGCAUCUGCUUUUGGUGCUUGCCCUGCAGGGAGUGCUCGGUGCCUCCUCCCUAUGCCACUCCCAUGAUGCCCCUGUCCCGCUGGCUGAGAUCUGUGGGCGUCUUCUUGCUGCCAGCCCCCUGCUGGGUGCCCCGGGAGAGGUGGCUGGGUCCCCUUCGGCGUCCCUCCCUGGUGCGCGGGUGCCCAGUCCUGGGGGCCUGGCAUGGUGCCCGCUGCUGGUGCCAAGCGUGGACAGAGGAGCCUCGAGCACUUUACUCCUCCCUCACAAUGAACGGAGACCAGAAAUCGGACCCUUACGCCCAGGCAAAGCAGGACUUCAUCCAGCACUUCGCCGAGAUUGUCAGGGUGCUGACCGAGGAUGGCGUGGGCCACCCAGAGACGGGAGAUGCCAUUGCCCGGCUCAAGGAGGUCUUGGAGUACAAUGCGACUGGGGGCAAGUACCAUCGGGGCUUGACGGUGCUGAUAGCAUUUCGGGAGCUGGUGGAGCCCAGCAAGCAGGACGCCGAGAGCCUUGGGCGGGCCCUGACCGUGGGCUGGUGUGUGGAGCUGCUGCAGGCCUUCUUGCUGGUGUGCGACGACAUCAUGGAUUCGUCCCUCACCCGGCGCGGGCAGAUCUGCUGGUAUCAGAAGCCGGGCAUCGGUUUGGACGCCAUCAACGACGCCCUGCUCCUGGAGGCGUGUGUCUACCGCCUGCUCAAGCUCUGCUGCCGGCAGCAGCCCUAUUACCUGAACCUGCUGGAACUUUUCCUCCAGAGUUCCUAUCAGACUGAGAUCGGACAGACUCUGGACCUCAUCACAGCCCCCCAGGGCAACGUGGAUCUUGGCAGAUUCACCGAGAAGAGGUACAAAUCUAUUGUCAAGUAUAAGACCGCUUUCUACUCGUUCUACCUCCCUGUGGCUGCCGCCAUGUACAUGGCGGGCAUCGAUGGUGAGAAGCAGCACGCGGACGCCAAGGAGAUCCUGCUGCAGAUGGGCGAGUUCUUCCAGAUCCAGGACGAUUACCUCGACCUCUUUGGGGACCCCGCUGUGACGGGCAAGGUCGGCACGGACAUCCAGGACAACAAAUGCAGCUGGCUGGUGGUUCAGUGUCUGCAGCGGGCGUCCCCGGAACAGCGCCGGCUGCUGCAGGAGAACUACGGGCGGAAGGAGGCCGAGAAGGUGGCCUGGGUGAAGGCGCUGUACGAGGAGCUGGACCUGCCCGCCGUGUUCGCGCACUACGAGGAGGACAGCUAUGCCCGCCUCAUGGGCCUCAUCGAGCGGUACGCGUCGACCCUGCCGCGGACCAUCUUCCUGGGGCUGGCGCGCAAGAUCUACAAGAGGACGAAGUGACCUGGACGCUGCGCGGGCGGGGCGGGGCGGGGCGGGGCGGCUCUCAAUAAAUGAUCGAAGCUUC